UGUUGAAGUUUUUAUCGUGUUCCUUUUGUAUUUACUUUCGUAUUGUAUUUGAACUGUAUAAAUAAAUACUAUAUAUAUUUUAGUGCAACGAAUAAUUUUAAUUAAGUAUGUAAAAAGUGCAAAAAGCAACUAUCAUAUAAUACGUAAUACUAAUAUACCUACUUAAAUGUUUUCAAGUGGUCUAGCUGCGUAAUUAAAGAAACAGGUUUUAUGAGGAAAACAGAUUUAUAAGGAAAAUCGUAGAAAAAUGAGAAAAGGGUUUUUAAAUAAUAUUAGUAUGACCACAUUAGUGCCUAUAAUGUAAAGGCCGAAAUCAAGAAGAAUUUAUAUUUUAAACUUAUUUGAAAGUUAAGCAGAACGGCCGGUUUUAAGACUCGCGUAUUUUUACGCUUUCACCAGUGAGGAAAUAUGCUAAAGAUUAAUUAAUACAGAAGAUGUCUACUAUACUGGAUGUGUUGAAUGAAGACUGCUGGCACUACAUAUUGGAUUGGCUGCACACAGAUGACAUUAUCAGGUCCGAGCGAGUGAGCAAGGAAUGGCGAGAUGUAAUAUAUCGGUACCUACAGGGUGUUGGUAUCAGCAUAGAAUAUGAUACUCGUCCCGAGCUCUGGUACGGCCAGAACCACAACCUGUCUCACUCGUACCGCAUACUGAGGAUAGAGGGGGACAAUCCCGAAGUGCUAAAGAACUUGGUGCGGAAGUGGGGUUCGUGCAUCAAGAAAUCGGAUUGUUUGGACAGCACUAUGGAUGUGUUGACGAAAAACUGUCCGAAUUUAAAAGAUGUUACAUUUCACGGCGUACAAAGUGACAACUUAGCAACGGCAUCAUCGAAAGUGUUCAAAAAGCUAAAACGAGUACAUUUCAAAGGAUGCAACGACUUGACAGAUAAAUGCGUCAGGCAGUGGCUGGCGAGUUACAACCUAGAGGAGCUAGUGAUCUGGGAAGCCGAUGAUGUUACAGGAAGAUUUCUAAUAUCUGAACACUCGGAGAAACUCAAGCAUCUGUCCUUCAAAGACUGUAAGACUUUGGACUACUGUCACCUCUUCUCUGCUGUCACACACCUUAAGAAGUUAAACAAGUUGGAGUUGAUAUUAGCGAAUAAAGAGGUUUACCUUAAUGUGCACAAGCUAUUGGACCAGUUACCAGAUUUGGAGGACUUGUGUAUGCGAUGGGAGAAAAUGGAGUUAAGGUAUGAGUGGGCGGCGGCGGUGGGGCGGUUAAGGCUGAGAAGGUUGGACCUGAGCUUUAACCCUAAUGUGAAUGAUGAGUUGUUGGAGAAGGCUAGUUGCGGGUUCGGACGGCUUGAGGAAUUGCUUUUGAUGCGAUGUGAAGGCAUCACCGGCGCCGGGGUAAGAACGGCAUGCAGUGCGGCGGGCGCGGCGCUGCGGGGCUUACAACUGGGCUCCAAUACUCAGUUGGAAAAUGAAUACGUCGUGGAUAUUGUACGGGCUUGCCCCAACCUUGUAUGGAUAGACCUGUCCUUCUGUCACGGUAUAACGAACUACAUCGUGGGAGAGGUGGCAAAUGCGCGCACAGCCCGCGCCAAGAAGUUACAGCUUAUAGCCGAGUGCACAUACGUAGAUGAGGUUGAGGAGGGUAUGUUCCCAUGGCUGGAGGUCGAAUUCGGGGACAACUACCUAUCCAAGAAUUACUCCUAUCCAUGUAAUACCAAAAAGUGAAAUGAAAGGUAUAUUUGAUAUGAAUUUACUAUCCAAAUGUAAAUAAAUAAAUAUUAUAGGACAUUCUUACACAUAUAUUUUUUUUUAUUGGGGACACCUGAUUGACUGAGU